AUGAUCCAAACCGAUUCCGAUGAGUCGCCAUUGAAAACCUCUGUCGGCUUUAGUCUAGGCCAAGAGGAGGCGGCUGCAGCUCUCGAAGACUUCGAUACGCAAAGCCAUGCCAGUUCCCGCGACCCCGGUAGCACACAACCCGCUGACCCCGCGCUAGCGGACAACGACGGCCAACGCGACGAUGCAGGGGACGGCCAGUCGAAUUUCGACAAUGACGGCGACAAGCCGGCUUGGAGCGAAAUGAAAACCAAGGCCGGGAAGGAAAGGAAGCGCCUGCCGCUGGCUUGCAUCGCAUGUCGACGCAAGAAAAUCCGCUGCUCCGGUGAGAAGCCCGCCUGCAAACAUUGCACUCGGUCUAGGAUUCCGUGCGUGUAUAAGGUUACUACAAGGAAGGCAGCGCCGCGCACAGAUUAUAUGGCCAUGUUAGAUAAGCGGUUGAAGAGGAUGGAAGAUCGCGUAAUCAAGACGAUACCAAAAGAAGAGACGAGAGAUAUGUCCUCGAUUGGUAGGUCGGUUGUGAAACCUUCGUUGUCCAUUCAGCCCUCGAAGGCACAGAAAAAAAGAAACGCGGACGAGGCAUUUGCAGCAGAGAUGGACGGAUGGACCCGUGAGGACCGUCGGCCACCCCAAGACACCUUUCCCAUGAAUCGCGAAAUCAAAUCUAGCGACGGGACUGGCCUUUUGACCGAGGGAGCUGAGUUCCUGCCAUCAUUGGAGAUCCAAGAGCAUCUUGCAGAGGUGUUUUUCGAUUGUGUAUAUGGGCAGUCAUACCUUCUGCUACACAAGCCUAGUUUCAUGCGGCGUCUCAAGGCGGGCACAGUUCCCCCUGUUUUAAUUUUGGCUGUCUGUGCUGUAUCCGCGCGUUUUUCUACACAUCCUCAGCUCAACUCGGAGCCGCCAUUCUUGCGGGGAGAGAACUGGGCCAAUCCCGCUGCGGCUAUCGCUCUGAGCCGGCACGAUGAACCGAAUAUUACUAUCCUUACUGUAUUCCUCCUUCUUGGCCUCCAUGAGUUCGGAACCUGUCAUGGUGGGCGAAGUUGGUCUUUUGGAGGCCAGGCAUUGCGAAUGGCAUAUGCAUUGCAACUCCAUCAAGAGCUUGACCAAGACCCAUUGCUCAGUCAGAAAACCGGCAACGGUUCACAACUGAGCUUCACGGAUCAGGAGAUCCGGCGGCGCACCAUGUGGGCAUGCUUUUUGAUGGACCGUUAUAACUCUUCGGGCAGUCAACGGCCGCCUAUUGGAAAUGAAAAGUUCCUACAGAUCCAGCUCCCUAUCAAGGAAACUCAUUUCCAGAUGGAGAUUCCGGGUCCCACAGAAGACCUCGAUGGUGACAUUCUUAAUCCUACACCGGAUGAUGCAGGGCAAUUAUCCAAUGCCAGAGAAAACAUGGGUGUGUCGGCGUACAUUAUUAGGGCCAUUGUUAUUUGGGGUCGUAUUGUCGACUAUCUGAACCUUGGUGGUAAAAGGAAAGACUCGCAUCCGCUGUGGCAUCCAGACUCGGGAUAUAACCGGCUCAAAAGGCAGAUCGAGGAUUUUUCUGCCUCGCUCCCGACUCCUUUGACGUUCACCUAUGAAAAUCUUCAAAUUCAUGCCGCGGAGAAAAUUGCAAAUCAGUUCCUGUUCCUCCAUAUCAUCACACAUCAAAAUAUGCUGUUCCUGAAUCAGUUUGCCAUUCCCUUAUCUCCGGGAGGCCGACCACCAAGGGAUAUGCCUAAGCCUUUCCUCAGCAAUGCAGGUCGAGCCGCGGUGGAAGCAGCGCAUCAUAUCUCAGUGCUUUUUGAUCGAGCUUCGGCCUAUCCUCUCACCGUGCCUUUUGCCGGAUACUGUGCUUACUCGGCCAGUACCGUUCACAUUUGGGGAAUAUUCUCAAAGAAUGUGCAACUAGAAGCACGCUCAAAAGAGAAUCUUCGGCAUACUUACCGCUAUCUCAAUAAAAUGAAGAAGUACUGGGGCAUGUUCCACUACAUGGUUGAGAGUGCUAAGGAUCGGUAUCGGCAAUUUGCUGAUGCAGCUAUCAAGGGCUCUGUGGCCAUUCAAAAUGGUACCUCACUCGCACCAAUGUUCCAAUAUGGUGACUGGUUUGAUAAGUAUCCACAUGGGGUUUCAAGGUUGCAUUGGGAGGACCCUGAUACUCGACACAAGGAGACGGGCGAAGACGCAGUGAUGGGUCAAAAGCCCGAUCUUCAAAGCGUUGAGGAUUUCUUCGCAGGCCUGUCUCCCACCCCACAGCCAACUCUCCCUCGCAAAUCGCGCUCUCGCAAGAAUAGCAAAUUAUCGGAUGGUGGCCCAGGCAUGGACCAGACCUCACCACAAUCAAUGAUGGAAGUCACAAUGGGGAACACGCCAGGUGUUCCGGACAGUGCAUUCCCGCAACCCUCCGUGUUCCCACAAAAUCGGCAAAUGUCUUUCGGUCAACCACCAUUCGAUUUCAGCAUCCCAACCGACCAACUGCCACAACUAGACCGACAAUUCGUCUACGGUUCAUUCUCAGAAUUCGACCCCACCUCUUUCGUCCCAAAUAACCCUCCCGUCCAACCGGUCGACGGCAUCCAACCCCAAAACCCAGACCACAGUCUCUUCACUGGCCAACUGGACCCAAGCGCUCCAGCUGGAACGGGCGAGUUCUACCAACCGAGCGCUUGGUUCCUUCCCUUCAACCUCGAUCCUGUCGGUGCGAACCCGCCACCGCAAGCCCCAGCUCCCGCUCCGAUUCCCGGGCCCAGCAAUACCGCUGGCAAUGCUCCCCCUCCCGGAAUACCCCCUGUGCCAGAAUUCAGCGGUGGUGGUAUGCCGUUGAGCGCAUAUGAGCUUGGCCUAACGGGGCCCGAUAUGCAAAACCCACGGCAGUGA